AUGGGGCCAAAGAUGGCGGAGGAGGAGUUCCUCAACACAACUCACGAAGCUUUCAAUGUCACCCUCCACACUAGCCUGGUUUUCACUACAAAACUGGUGCUCCCGACCCCUGCCAAGCCCAUCCUCCCCGUGCAGACGGGGGAGCAGCCUCAGCAGGAGGAACAGUCGAGUGGCAUGACCAUUUUCUUCAGCCUCCUUGUUCUAGCUAUCUGCAUCAUAUUGGUGCAUUUACUGAUUCGAUACAGAUUACAUUUCUUGCCAGAGAAUGUUGCUGUUGUUUCCUUAGCAUUUUAUCAUCUUUAA